GGACACUACCAUGCAUCACACUCACACUAACAAUUUGACUUUGUGAAUGCCUUCACUUCACUCGUUUGUAUUUUCAACAUUCACCACCACAACCAUCACACUACCCACUUACCCAAGUCAAUCCUUUCGUUUCCACCCCGGUCAUCACCACCAACAUUAAAAAAUGCACGACCUCGAAACCCUCAACACCGGCGGCUACGCCUCCACCACCCACCUAAAACUCACCUGCCCGCUCCCCUCGGGCCUGCCCCCCGCCAUCCUCACUCUCGGCACCACACUCACGCACCUCGACCUUUCCGGAACCGGCCUCUCCUCCCUCCCCUCCGAAUUUGGCACCUCCUUGCCCAACCUGCGCAUCCUCUUUCUCUCUUCCAACAACUUUUCCACUUUCCCUUCCGUCCUGGCACAAUGCCCUUCCCUGGAGAUGAUCGCCUUUCGGUCUAACAGAAUGACUUCCAUCCCCGAAGGUUCCUUGCCGACGAAAACACUCAGGUGGUUAAUCCUCACAGAUAACCAGAUCUCCACCCUACCCGAGGACUUGGGCAAGUGCGAGAAGUUGGAAAAGUGCAUGUUGGCUGGGAACCAGCUAUCGAGCUUGCCAAUGUCGAUGGCAACGGGGUGUAACAAGAACCUGGCGCUACUACGAUUGAGCGCGAACCGGUUCGAGACGCUUCCAGAGUGGCUGUUUGACUUGCCCAAGCUGGCGUUCUUGUCGUUUGCAGGGAACCCUUGUGUCGAGAAGCAAACGGCCGCAGCGACGGCUAAGGCGGGGACGAGGUUUGAUCUGGAGAAGAUCGAGUGGAAGAACUUGGACGUGCAGGAGACGCUGGGCGAGGGGGCGUCGGGGGUGAUUUCGAGGGGGUUGUGGAAGCAGAGCGCCGAGUACGCGGAGGAGGUGGCUAUCAAGGUUUUCAAGGGCGGCGUGACGAGCGAUGGGACGCCCAGGGAUGAGAUGGCUGCGGUGUUGGCGGCGGGGUUUCAUGAGGGGUUGAUUACGGUCUUGGGGAAGGUGGUUGGGCAUCCGGAUGAGGUUGUUGAGGGUGCUGUUACUGCUGAAGGGGAGGAGAAGAAGUUUCAGGGAGGGAUCGUGAUGCAGUUGAUUCCAGAGUACUACGCGGCUCUGGGGCUGCCGCCUUCUUUCGAUACAUGCAGUCGCGACUGCUUCCCCGAGGAUGCCUCGCUGAGCGCGGCCGAGGCGUUGGGCAUGUUGACGGGCAUUGCUGGAGCGGCUGCUCAUCUUCACCAGAGAGGAAUUGCGCAUGGAGAUUUGUAUGCGCACAACAUCCUGGCGAGCAAGGCGGACAGACAUGCCUUGCUGGGAGACUUUGGUGCUGCUACUAUCUAUGGCACGGACGAGGAGGUCUACGCUGGCAUGGAGAAGUUGGAAGUGUUGGCUUUUGCCCAUCUGUUGGAGGAUGUGCUUGGUUUGAUCAGGAGGGAGAAGGAGAAGAAGUCGACGACGCAGAUCCCAGAGGCGGAGACUGCCAUUGUUGUUGCUGCCGAUGCGGCUCCUCCCGCCUUCAGAGACAGCAGCGAACUCACAGAAGAGGAAGAGGAGGUCAUCUUUCAAGGGUUGGAGAAACUGCAGAAGCAGUGCGCUGACCCUCAAGUGAACUCGCGCCCGUCGUUUGAGGAUAUUGCGGUGGAAUUGGAGGACUUGGUUGGCUUCAGGGGUAUGAUGCGGAUUCCGAUUCCCAACCUCAACUAAGCGCGGAUGUUUGUUGGAUUUGCAAACAUAUUCGUUCCCCAUCUCUUGAUCUUGUCCGCUGGUUGCGCAUGCCUCUUCUUUGUGUAACAGCAAGCGAGCAAGCAAUGGAAACCCACUUCGAGCAAGGAAGUAUGGGCAUGUGGGUGAAUGUUGAUUUCCUUGCAUGAAGCCAUUGGACAAUAUUGUUCUUGUCAUUGUCACGUCAGCAUGAUCGACGUUCACUGACUGCUCAAGUGUGUGUGAAUGUGACGCGGAAACAGGGAGUCAAUCAUGAGAAUACAUAUGGAAAUAUUGGCUUCAUGCUUGCCAAGUGGUUGCAUUGGUCGUGGCUAUCACGAUGGAUGUGUGACUGGAGCAACGAUGAUAGAAGCCGAAGGUCGACCGGGAGGAAUGAACAGGGACAGUUCAAUGAGAGUAUACCGAUGUCCUAAUCAAGAGAACAAGAGCGAUUGGUACUCGACUAGACACAUGCCCUUUUCAAAGGCUUUGUUCCUACGCGGCACCCUUGCUGAAGCGAUUGGAGGAUAUAGCCGCAUUUUCUGAGAGUUGUCUCAUAUCUGAAUAAUUAGUGACAGGAGUAACCACAAGCUCCCUAGGUUCUCACUGGCAGAUAGCCCAUUGACCUCAGCUAUGUACAUAGUAGCCAUAUCAGACAAACUCUUUUUCCAG